AGCUGAGAUGCCUGAGUCUCCUCUCAGUCCCACGGCAUCCCGUCAAACCCCAGCCCGCAGCCUCCUCAGUCACACAGAGAACGGCGCAGGGGAGAGAGUGGCUAAUGGGGACUCCUGCAGUGGAGUGAGUGCUGAAAACUGGCAGAGUCUCCACCAUAAACAGGUCUUCCUGGCUAUGAUGGCUCCUCAACAGAUGCAGCAGCUUCUGUCCCCCAACCAGCUGCAGGCUCUGAUCCACCAGAAACAGCAGGCCCUUCUGCUUCAGCAGCAGCAUCUGAAAGAGUUUUACAAGAAGCAACAACAGCAGAUUCAGCUGCUUCAGCAGCAGUCAAACAAGAAAAUCAAAGAGCUCCCUGCGCAGCAGCUCAUAUUCCAACAACUCCUCCAACUCCAGCAGCAGCAGCAGCAGCAGCUCGCACGGACGCAGAGACCAGCAAUGUCCUCUCCUACUCUAUCUCCAGGCCACUCAUCAGCUUGCCUCAGCCUCGCAGAGAUGCAGCAGAUAUGGAAAGAGGUCAUAUUUGGAAUAACUGAAGAUAAAACCACAAUAACGAGCAGCCAGGACUCCUCUGCCCACAAAAUAAUGUCAACAAAAGCUACAGGGAGACAGAGCGGUGACCAACAGCCUCCGCCUCCUCACAGGGCUGAAUGUGUUAAAGUUGAUCACGUCGCCUCGCACGUCCUCUUUGGUCACGGUGUGUGUAAUUGGCCUGGAUGCGAGUCACUCUGUGAAAACUUCAGCCACUUUAUCAAGCACAUAAGCAGUGAACACACUCUGGAUGACAGGAGCACGGCCCAGUGCAGAGUCCAGAUGCAGGUGGUUCAGCAGCUCGAGCUUCAGCUCUGCAAAGAACGGGAGCGCUUGCGGGCGAUGGCGGCUCACCUGCGCCUGCCGUCCUCGGAGGCUCGGUCCCUCUCGGCCCCCGCCAGCUCGCUGCAGCCUGAUGGGGCUGCCGACCUCCGCGACCUGCAGGUAGACAGCGAGCAUCACCCUAUAAUUAACAAUAAUUGGCUUCCUUCUUAUUGCGAUAUUAGUGGAAUCUUCUCUGAGGAGGCGCAUCUAAUCGCUCUGUUACACUCAGUUAAAAGAUUCUCCCACUCUGUUUUGGUUCUCUGUCAGUCUUUGCGCUGUCCCUUUGUCGACUUGGAUGGUCUUGCUUUUGUUUGCUCUCAGCUCAGCUCCAUCACAGCGACCAACCGCUCGCCCUCUCUGAGCCCGUCAGACUCUGCCCGAGUGUCGCCCCAGCCUCCAGGGACUCCACCCCAGAGGGGUGAAGAAGAGUCUCCCACUCACGCGUCGUGUGCCGGGGCCAUAAGACGCCGUCACCACCCGCUGGUCUGCGCUCUGUCUUCAGAAAAUGAAUUUGAGCUUUACAAGAACACUGAUAUCAGACCUCCUUUCACCUACGCUAUACUGAUCCGACAGGCUAUCAUGGAAGCAUCAGACAUGCAGCUGACGCUCAACGAGAUAUACAACUGGUUCACGAGGACGUUCGCUUAUUUCAGACGUAACGCUGCCACGUGGAAGAACGCAGUUCGCCACAACCUGAGCCUGCACAAGUGUUUCGUGCGCGUGGAGAAUGUGAAAGGAGCCGUGUGGACGGUUGAUGAGGUUGAAUUCCAGAGGAGAAGAUCUCAGAAAAUCACGGGGAGCCCGUCACUCAUGAAAAAUGUGUCUUUCGGGACUGUUGCAAAUGUGAGUUUACAGGCAGCGCUAUCAGAGACAUCCUACAAGAAGGAGAGUUUAAGCAGAAGCUCGAGGGGUCAAAUAAGGGAGAACAAAGCAGCGGAAAGCAACAAAAACCUCCACUUUUCUGCACAAGUCCAGCAGCCAUUUUUCCUUAAAGACGAAGAGCUGAACGACCAUGAAUGCAUGAUGCCGAUGGUGAAGUCGGACAGUCUGCAGCACAUGAUGGAAAAUGACGAAGAGCAUUUGUUUGACCUGGAAUGACCCCUGACGGUGCGAGUACAAUCUAUUCUUCCAGACAUUCUCACCAAAACAAAGGUAUCGGAGGCUUUUCCUUCUGGAUAUUUGAGUGGCUUUAACAGUUCUGAAUAUAAGACGUGUGAUUAAAAUGUAUCUGGAGGUGUUGCUGUUUAGUCCCAUUUAUAGUCCCUCUAUAGGACAGUCCUUUCGUUCUUUUUCAAGGGAAAAGCUGCCAAAUAAAAUUGCAUCAGACAAACAUGAAUAUACAAAGUCAAGUGAUAUCUAAAAAAAAAGCAUGUGCAGUCAAAAGUACAGCUGGAGAAAACAGGAUGAACUGUCGUGUUUUAAUUAAAUCCAUCUUAAAGGCCAAAGUGAACGAUUCCCAGAGUUAUUUAUUAUGCCAUCGAUGUGAUGUUUGAUGUUGUUUGAUAUGUGAUAGAAUAAAAUGAAGAUAUGUGUCAUUAAAACAGUUGAAUAUGUACAUUGUGCACCGUUCCGACUGAAGAGGAGUGUCUUUCUAUGUUUUUACUUCUAUUUAAGAAUCAUAUCAGUAUGUGUUAUCUUUGUCUUUCCUUUAUUCCAGUCCACUGAACUCAGACAUGUUAUAAUAUUGAGAGUAGGUGCUCAUGCCAGAGUCCUUCUGUUUGUAGUUGCGUGUCCAAUGUCUGUUACUACAGUGUAAUAAAUAUAUGUAAACCUGUUUAAUGUUGGAUUUAUUACCGUGUUGUGCAAUGUUAAGUUAUCCAGUAUGUUUUUCUGCUUAUCUACUUACUCAGUCUGUAUGUUGGCUAUUUUAAUGAUUUUUACAAAGAAUAAACGA